AUGAGUGGGGAAACCAUACCACAAUCAGCACCAUUACAUGCGGACCAAGUCCAGAACAAUGCUGGAGGUUUCGCUUGGGCAGUCGAUGAUAUGCAACGCCUUCGACGUUUCCUAUGCUUGGGUUGUGAAGGCGGUACUUAUUAUCAAGGCGAGAAAGAACUUGGGAUUGAAAAUGCUCAGUCUAUAUUAAAACUUAUUGAAGCUGGUCGAGGAGUAGAAGUCGUUGAAACCAUCAAGACCUAUUCCGUCGAAGGACGUACCUCCAAACAAAACCCAAUCAUGUUCGCUCUAGCCCUCUGCGCCAAAUCAUCGGAUCUUAAAACAAAGCAAGCUGCUUAUGGAUCUCUAGCAGAAAUUUGCCGUAUCCCAACACAUUUGUUCAUGUUCAUUAAAUAUGCACGUGCUCUUGGCCAAAAAUGGGGUCGUGCUCAACGUCGAGCUGUAGCUAAAUGGUAUACCGAACAAAACGCAAGUAAACUAGCUAUGGCUGUGACGAAAUAUCAAAAUCGCGAAGGUUAUACCCACCGAGAUGUCCUUCGUCUAUCACAUCCGAAAACAAAAGAUCCAUUGCUUUGCUUUCUAUUCGAUUAUAUUACUCAUGGAUUAGAAAAAGCCACCGAAAACUUGAGCAAACCCAAAGAAACCACAAGUGAGACUGAAGCCGCAGCUGAUAAACAAGAAUCACAAAUAGCGAAACUCAAUGUCAACGAUAAUGAUGAUGAUGAAGACGAAGGAGGAAGAAACACUACGAAAUUAGUAACUAUUCAGGACUUAAAACAAUUUUUGGAAGUGGUUGAAAAGGCGAAAACUUCUACGAAUGAUCAAGAACUCGUUGCUGCUAUUAAACAACAUCAUCUCGUUCGAGAACAUAUGCCAACAGCAAUGCUCAAAUCAACAGCUAUCUGGAGCACCCUAUUAGAAAAAAUGCCACUGACUGCAAUGAUUCGCAAUCUUGGCAAAAUGUCAGAAAUAAACCUGCUAACAGAGAAUAGUGAUGCAGAAAAGCUCAUCAUUCAACGUUUACAAAAUCGCGAACAAUUACAACGUGCACGUGUUCAUCCAUUCAACAUUCUCGUAGCAUUAGAGACAUAUAGACAAGGACAUGGUUUCAAAGGGAAAUUGACAUGGAACGUUAGCGCCAAUGUUCAACAUGCGUUAGAAGAAGCCUUUUAUCUUUCAUUUAAAUUUGUUAAACCUACCAAUCAACGUUAUCUACUUGCACUUGAUGUUAGUGGUAGCAUGUCAUGUGGAACAAUUAAUGGUUCACCAUCAAUUACACCAGCUGUUGGAUCAUGCGCUAUGUGUAUGGUUACACUUCGAACGGAACAACAUGCUAAAGUCGUUGCCUUCUCCCAUGAACUAAUUCCGGUAAAUAUCUCGAAAGAAAAUAAACUUCCUGAGGUCAUGGAAGUUACGCGAGCUAUCUCGAUGGGUGGAACAGAUUGUGCAUUGCCAAUGUUAUAUGCUCUCGAACAUAAAGAAAAAUACGAUGUGUUCGUUGUUUAUACAGAUAGUGAGACAUGGUUCGGUAAAAUUCAUCCGACAGAGGCUUUGAAGAAAUAUCGUAAAGAGAUGGACUGUCCUGACGCGAAACUGAUCGUUGUUGGUAUGCAAUCCAAUGGCUUUACUAUUGCGGAUCCAAAUGAUAAAGGCAUGCUGGAUGUUGUUGGAUUUGAUUCAGCUGCCCCUCAAGUCAUGUCUCUAUUUGCUGAAGGACAGAUAUAA